AUGGCUUCAGCUCCAAACUCAAACAUUUCCCGACGAAAUCCCCAAGAUGAUUACGAGUUGAUACAGAGAGUUGGAAGUGGGACUUAUGGUGAUGUUUAUAAGGCAAAGAGAGUAAAGGAUGGAUUGUUUUCUGCUGUUAAAAUAAUAAAACUUGAACCAGGGGAUGAUUUUUCAAUAAUCCAGCAGGAAAUAUUGAUGAUGAAAUCUUGUAGGCAUCCAAAUAUAGUUGCAUAUUUUGGAAGUUAUUUGAGAAGAGACAAAUUAUGGAUUUGCAUGGAAUAUUGUGGUGGUGGAUCCUUACAAGAUAUUUAUCAUAUCAGCGGACCAUUAGCAGAACUGCAAAUUGCUUAUGCUUGUAAAGAGACUUUAAAAGGCUUGGAAUAUUUACAUUCAUUAGGCAUGAUGCACAGAGAUAUCAAAGGGGCAAAUAUUUUACUAACAGAUGAUGGAGAUGUAAAAUUAGCCGACUUUGGAGUAUCAGCACAGAUCACUGCCACCAUAAGCAAGCGAAAAUCUUUUAUUGGCACACCAUAUUGGAUGGCACCUGAAGUUGCUGCAGUUGAAAGAAAAGGAGGCUAUAACCAACAAUGUGAUAUUUGGGCUGUUGGGAUUACUGCCAUUGAGCUGGCUGAACUACAACCUCCAAUGUUUGACCUUCAUCCAAUGCGGGCUUUGUUUCUAAUGUCAAAAUCAGGAUUCAAACCUCCUACAUUGGCAGAUAAAGUGAAAUGGUCAGGCAUGUUUCAUCAUUUUGUCAAAGUGACAUUAACAAAAAAUCCUAAGAAAAGGCCAACUGCUGAGAGACUAUUGCAGCAUCCUUUUUUGGCAAGAAAUUUAACGAAACAGUUGGCUAAAGAUCUUUUGGAUAAAGUGAAUAACCCUCAUGCACACAUUAAUUUUACAGAUGAAAUUGAUGAUGAUGGAAUACUACCAGAUGUUCCUCAGCGGAUUGCUUCUAAGAAACCUGCUCGUGACAAGCAACGCACAAGAUCAGAACUUCACAUGGAAAGUGUUAAUUUUGAUGCUCCUUUGCUAACUGCAUUGUCAACAUCUACAGACCAGCCUCAUGAAGAAUCUGUUGUUUCUGAAACUUGGGGUAUUUCAGAAGAAUCUGCACAAAAUGAAGUUUAUGAUUUGCCAACAGCAUGGAUGGAACAUGAUGACAUUGACAUCAUAAGAAGGGACGGGAUAACAAAUUCUUCAGAGGAAGGAAGAGAUUUUCAGUUUACUCAACAGGCAACCUUACCACUUAGUGAAAGAGGAGACUAUUCUACUGUCGAAAAUCGGGAAACGUGUAGUGAGGAAUCAACUUCAUCAAGCCAAAAUGAAAUGGAAACUGCUCCUAAUCAAGAAUCCAAUCAGUUAGAUGAUAUAGAGCGAUAUAGGAUUGCUACAGCUGCCAAUGUAAGCGAUCUUCCUGAAGAACCUUCCACACCUCCUGUAGAAAUGGAAAUGUCUCCACCUGAAGUUCCACCGAGACCAAGAGACAAAAAACGAAGCACACCUCCUAAACCAGUUUCAAACGGGCUUCCUCCAACACCAAAAGUACAUAUGGGUGCAUGUUUCUCUAAAGUUUUCAACGGUUGUCCCCUACAAAUUCACUGUACUGCCAGUUGGAUACAUCCUGAAACAAGAGACCAACAUAUUCUUUUUGGAUGUGAAGAAGGUAUAUACACAUUAAAUCUGAAUGAGCUUCAUGAUGCUUCUGUUGAUCAGCUGUACCCAAGGAGAACUGUUUGGAUGUUUGUCAUUCAAAAUGUGUUAAUGACGCUUUCAGGUAAAUCUCCACAACUAUAUCAACAUGAUUUACUUCAGAUGUAUGCCAAGCAAACUCAUAAAUUCUCACUGCCUGUGAAUUUACCUGAAAAAUUUGUUCCAAGGAAGUUCUCUGCGACAUCUAAAGUGCCUGACACCAAAGGUUGCAAACGUUGUUGUGUGGGCAGGAAUCCAUAUAAUGGUUAUAAAUAUUUAUGUGGGGCUAUGAGAAAUGGCCUUUUCUUGAUGCAAUGGUACAAUCCCUUAAAGAAAUUUAUGCUAUUGAAACAAGUUGAGUGUUAUGUUCCUGCAAUUCUUAAUGUGUUUGAAAUGAUUAUUACUCCUGAUUUGGAGUAUCCAAUGAUUUGUACGGGUGUCAAAAAAGGAUAUGACAAAAGUCAGCUUGAACUUGAUAUGAUUAACUUAAACUCUUCCGAAAAUUGGUUUAAUGAUGAUUGGGAAGGAACAGAUACCAUAGUUCCUCGCCAUGACACUAUGAAGAUCAUUAAUGUAACUCAGCUCGAAAAGGAUGCAAUUUUAGUCUGUUAUGAUAAUCUAGUCAGAGUUGUUAAUGUUCAGGGAAAACUAAAGUCAAGUCGGAGACAACCAGCCGAAUUAGUUUUUGACUACAAAAUCGAUUCUAUUGUUUGUUUAACUGAUAGUGUAUUAGCCUUUCAUAAACAUGGUAUGCAAGGACGCAGUUUUAAGAAUAAUGAAAUUGUUCAAGAAAUUACAGAUCAUUCAAGAAUCUUUCGUAUGCUUGGGUCUGACAGGAUAGUCGUUUUGGAAAGUAGGCCUACUGAUGAUCCUAAAAGCUCAUCCAAUUUAUACAUUUUGGCAGGUCAUGAAAACAGUUAUUGA